AUGGCAGGCACCAUGGCGGGUUACAUGCCUGCCCAAGCACAGGAUAAUGUGCAAGCGUUGAUUGCCCAAGUAAAAACCCUUACUGUUGAGAAGUUGAAGAAUGUACUGCGCAGCGAAGGCCUGCCCUUGUCUGGAGUCAAAAGUGAACUCCAAAUCAGAACAAUAGCCUAUAUCGAGAAAAUGCGCAAUGCAGCUGACAUGGUCGCGCUGAAUCGAAUACGCAACACAAUCAGGGGCGUUCCUCAUUCGUAUCAGAACGGCAACUCAUACAAUCCGCAUUACUCGAACGACUCUCCCGCCUCUUCAGCCUCCCCUCAGUUUGCCUCACCGAGUGCUCACAACAACUACUACAUGCCUUCUACCGCAACGUUAGGUCAAGACAGAUCACCCGACUGUGGGAGUGCAAAGGUAGCUAAUGACACUCUCUCCGCGCGGUACGCCGCACCCGCUGACGAGAACUUAGCCCGAGAGUCGACCAGAGAUACAGCCAAGCUCAUAGUGAUGGUGUCCCAAGAUACUCUCGAUACGCUGCAUAAGGAUCCAUCAUACCGCAUCAUGGUCUUUUGCACUUCUGAGAAUACCGGGCCUGUUCAGAGAGCAACUUGUGAUAUUGAGUUUCCUCACAACGUGGAGCUCAAAUGUAACGGUACUGAUAUCAAGGCCAAUCUGAAAGGAUUGAAAAACCGACCUGGAACGACCAGACCUGUGGAUAUUACGAGCUUCAUCAAGAAAAAGCCCGCCAAUUAUCCCAAUUCGGUCGACAUGAUCUAUGCUUUGACCAUAAAGGACAAAUCACCCCCACAGAAAUUCUACCUUGUGGUCAAUCUGGUCUUGCAAAAGUCGAUUGACACAAUGGUCGCCGAUAUCAGGCGAGGCCGCGUGAUCACCAAAGAUCAAGUGAUUCGGGAGAUGCGCCGGAAAGCCGAAGACCCCGAUGAAAUCGUGGCUACGUCGAUGGUUCUUUCGUUGAAAGACCCUGUCGGUUACACACGCAUCACGACGCCAUGUCGUGGUAUCGGGUGUAAUCAUGUCCAAUGCUUCGAUGCAGCCCUGUAUCUCCAACUUCAGGAACAAGCACCCACAUGGACAUGCCCUAUCUGCAACAAGGCUGUGCCAUGGGAACAACUGGCUCUGGAUCAGUAUGUAAACGACAUUCUGAACCUAACGCCUAGGAGUGUGGAGGCCGUCAACGUCGAUCCGGACGGGAGAUGGCAUAUCCAGAACGAAAACGAAACUUCUUCUCGCAGAUCUAACCCCACCCCAUCGGAGGAUGAUGAUGGUGACGAUGACAACAACGAUGGCGACGACGACGGCGAUUUAGUGGAGCUCAGAAUCGGACCCAGCUUUCGACCCUCGAACGUUGAAACACUGACACCACAUAGCGUCAAGACCCCGCCAUUAUCGUCUCGCGAAGUAUCAACGGCUCCUUCAGGGUCUAAACCGUCAGCACAGACGAGGAAAAGACCCCGCGAAGUCAUUGAUCUGACUUUGAGCGAUGAUGACGACGACGAGCCCCCUCCAAAGGUCUCGAGGGCAUCCAAUUCUUCAUCCGUGGAUCUUUCUCAGAAGGGGCCCCGGCAACGCGAAGAUCGGAUGUUCUACGCCCCUGGGCAAAUUGUCAUUGAUUGGCCUCGGCGCCCUUGA